AUUUAUUUUGCUUUAAGAAAAACAGAUUUUUUUUUAAAGGUCUGAAAUUUGAAUAAUUUUCCUGAAAUUCUACUUCAUAUGCAUUCAAUUUCUCUCACAUUUAUUUGAGUUUUGACCCAAUCUUUCAACUCUGAAGUAGGUAUUCGGUUUUCAUCAAUGGCAGAGUUGCAAUCUCGUGCUGGGAUGGUGAAUGCUUCUGCAUUGUGUGGUGGAAGCCAUGACUUGGGCCUUUUAUCUGCAGACUGUUCUGCUCGAACCAAUGCGUGUUCUUCAUGCAGUGAAUUUUCAGCUCCACAAGUUCUGUUGGGCUGCAAAGAGAGAGAAUCAAGAGGAGGUAUCGAUGUCGUUGCAGAGAUUUCAGCCGAGCUGCAGAGGGAGCGGAAGAAGAAUGUGGAGCUUAUGGACAGAAUAUUAUUAUUGGAAGCAGAAAUACAGGCGAGAGAGAAGGCGUCUCUCCCUGCCGCCGAGCAAGAUGGUUGUCCUGGUGCAACAUACAGAAGCUUCAAGAAGUUCAAAAGACAAAAGAUUGAGACGAGGAAUGAUGAAGUAAAAGAUGCGGAGGCUGAAAAAUAUAUUGACGGAGCCACGAAGAUGGAGCACCAAAUUCCAUGUGUGGAAACAAGCAGCCAACCUGAUCACAUAGUCAAUUGGAUGAGCAUGGACGAGACCCAGUUUCCAAAUUUCGACAAACUUAAAGAUGGUGAUUCCGUCAUAGAUUGUGGGGAUACAGAUGACAGCGAUGAUGAUGAUGACUACUAUGAUGAGGAUGAUACCGAUAUUGAAGACAAAAAUAGGUAUGAAGAUGAUGAUUCCCAUGUUGCCAAUGCAUCAAAAACUAAUUUGGUGGGCCACGAAGAAGUCGUUGAUGAUGGACCGCAUAUUCAGACUGAAUCGAGAACUUUGAGUGUGAAGCAAGAAGUACCUGGAGAUCAAAACAAAGGGCUUUUGUCACCUGAUACAAAGCUAUCUCACGAUGCCAGCAACACAUCUAAUGUGAGGGAACUCAAAAGGAAUGACAGGAAAGAAAGCAAAAAGCCAAGAAAACAAAAGGCUUCAAUAGAAACACAUUGUUCUAGCCAGGACAUUGGAAAUAAACCAUUGGGGACUUUAUUAUCAUCAUAUAGAAAGCCCCCAAAGGUGGCUUUCUGUCCAAAGGAAGUUAGGAGAAUGAUGGAGUCGGAGGCGCUUCAAUUAAAAAAUGCUCAGUCCCAUACCAUACGCAAAAUUAUUGUAUUUGCAUCUCUUGGUAUACGGCAUGGAUGUGAAGAUAUGUAUGAAUUGGAUUUCAAUCAUUUUAGGAUAUUACGGAAAGGGGAGCCAUAUGUAUCUCCAAAGGAUCCUGGGGAACAUGUUUUAUAUGAGCAUCCCAGUGUGCGAAGGAAAAUUUUCUAUCCGAAUCAGCAAAAUCCCAUCAUGUGUCCUGUUCAAAUACUUGAAGAAGAGAAGGCUAUGCGUCCAUCUGACCCAAGCUGUCCGUCGUGCUUAUUUUUGUGCAUUAAAUAUGGAGGAAGAACAAGAAAUCUUCCCCAAAAUGAAUAUGUCCGACAGCGAAUGGGACGUAACAAGCUGAAGUCUUUCGGGCCACUGAUGUGUGACAUGGCAUUGUUGAUACAUAUCCGCUGUGGGAGCUUCUUCUUCAAGGCCUUGGGUAUCACACUUCUGUUCAUGGCUGGUUUUCCGGAUGACCUUGUGCAGAGGGAAACCAAGUACCGGAACUUGGACCUGCUUCAAAAAUAUUAUAGGACAGAUGAGGAUGCAGAAGGGGAGGACUUGUUUCGUCCGUUACCUACUCUUUAUGACACUGCUAGCCCCAACUCACAGCCCUUGUCAUGUAAGCCAGCUCUGGCCGCCCCAAAAUCGCACGGAAAGAGACAAACACCUCCAGUUAGUAAGACUCAAAAUUCACAGAAACCUGCAAUUCCGCCAUCUCUUUCUUCCGCCUCUAUACCUCCCACCCAGUUUGGGCUUAUGGGGUACAACUCCAUCCACACGCAAGCAAUGUCCGCAUUCCAUUCCAUGCAGUCCCAUACACUGACCAAUGCUUCUCCAAUGUCAAAUACUUCGAACAGCGGCCCCAAUCCUAGCAGCACGUCGCACAUGGGUCCAGCCCCACCACCCUAUCCUAUGUUCCCGCCAUACCCAAUGAACACAUUCAUGCCAUUGUCAUUUUGGCAUAAUACGAAUGCGUACCCGCCAUGCCCGUUCCCAACUUCUUAUGGGUACCGACCAUUCCCUCCAAUGAAUUACAUCUCCCAGCAAUCUCACCCUUACUAUCCCACCUUGCCAAAAGUAGUCGAAAACACUAGGAAGAAAGACACGGCCUCAGAAGAAGCCGACAGCGACUCUGACAGCAGUUCAAGCAGCACGGAACAGAAGACACCAUUAGCAAGCUACAUGUAAGUUUUUACUAACACCCAUUUAUCCAUCUCAUGUAAACAUGCAGCUUUUUGCAUUUUGGCCUUGAAUGAUUGAACUAAUGAAACUCUUCUCUCACACAAUGUAACGUAUGUUGGUUUACAGUGGCAUGUCAGUCUCCGAGUCAUUGCACUAACAAUGCUUAUGUUAUAUGAAAAGUGCACCUUUUAUUUUGGUAAUUAAAACACAAAUGUUCUUUGUUCU